AUGCUGGGCAACAACCCAUCCAAUGUCUUGCAGGUGGCCAGCUAUUAUAACAAUCAGGUCACCUAUCGGAAGAACCAGAUUCAUACCAAUAUUUAUCGGGUUAUAAAGCCGGUACAAGAGCUAUUGAAGGAAAUUGAAGCCCAGGAACCCAGGUUUAUCUCGACCUUAGUCGAAAAUAAUGGCCGUUAUGAAGGGUUAAUUGUACAUUCCCCACAUGAGUUCGAGAUCAUUCUCUUUCUCAAUCAGAUGGGUGUUUUCAAUUUCGUGGAUGAUGGCUCAAUUCCCGGUCAUGCCGUUCUCAAGUUGAGCGAUGGACGCAAAAGGUCAAUGUCUCUUUGGGUGGAAUUCAUAACGGCAAGCGGAUAUCUCUCAGCUCGCAAAAUGAGGAGCCGUUUCCAGACAAUUUUGGCUGGUGCUAUGGAAAAGCCGCAGUUCAGAGAUUACUGCAAGCUGCUGACAGAGAGCUCAGAUGUCAGACUACGCGUCGAAAAUGAGUACACAGUGCAGAUUACAUGCGCAUUCAAAUGCAACGGAAUCUGGCCUCGCUCAGCUGCUCAUUGGCCAAAUACAACUGUGCAAUGGCCUUCUCAUGGACUAGCAGCAGAAGUGAAACAAGAAGGUUUUGAUUUGGUCAGCAAGGAGUCUCUAUCCUCUGUGUUGAAUUUAAAUAAACAGGCAAAUUCGAUGGAGGGUGACGCUUGGGGACUAAGUUUCCACGUUGCCGAGAACGCGAUGCUAAGUGGGAAUCGCCGAAAAGCUCUUUCCAUUCUGAAGUCAUUGCGGGAUAAACAUCUCGAAUUUCCGGGCACGCCAAUAACGGCCUAUAUUCUGAAAACGUUGGUGCUAUUCGAAUGUGAAAAGCAUGCAACUGAUUAUGAAUGGGAUGAUGUUAGCAUCGCGGAUCGAUUGAUCGGAGUUCUACUACAACUUGUAUCCUGCCUUCAAUGCCAUCGGUGUUCCCACUAUUUUCUCCCACAUCUCGAUUUACUCCGUGGAAAGCCCGUCCAUCUACUCGACGAAGGGGCUCGCAAAGCUUGGCGCCUUGUUCGAACGUUAAUGCUCAACACCCGCGCCUUGGAAAGUCUC